AUGUUCCUACCGCAAUCAAUGACAUCAUUUGUUAACUCGGUCCCCAGGAAGAGAGUCGCCAUUGUAGGCACCGGCAGCGCUGGUAUCGGUGCCCUAUGGGCUCUGAACCGCACCCACCACGAUGUCUAUGUCUAUGAAGCUGCCGACCGCCUGGGGGGCCACACCAAUACCGUGACAUGGAAAAGCGGCAAGUAUCAGGCCCUCGUCGACACUGGCUUCAUCGUCCUCAACACGGCAACCUACCCGAACUUCCUGAACUUCUUGAGCCAGAUCAAUGUCAAGGUAGUGCCGACCGACAUGACGUUCGGCGUCUCUCGGGAUCAUGGGAAAUUUGAGUGGGCGGGCACCAGCCUGGACGCCGUCUUCUGCCAGCGCAAGAACAUAUUCUCUCCGAGGAUGUGGAGGCUGCUCUUUGACAUCAUCCGCUUCAACCAGUUUGCUCUCGACCUGUUGAGGGACGAGUUCGCCGGCGCGAAUGAGACGGAAACCAUCGGACAGUACCUAGAGCGGGAGGGCUACUCGGAGACGUUCAAGAACGACUACCUUAUCCCAAUGACGGCCGCUGUUUGGAGUACAAGUCCACACAAGUGCAGUCUGGAGUUCCCUGCCGUCACACUGGUGCGCUUCAUGUGGAAUCAUCACCUCCUGAGCACAAUAGCCAAGCGGCCAGAUUGGUUGACCGUGGAGGGAGGAGCCAAGUCCUAUAUCGACGCCGUGAUGAAGGGAUUCCCGCCAAACCAUAUUUUCAUGAAGUCCCCCGUCAAGCACAUCACGAACGACCAAGACGGACGAGUAAGACUACACCUAGGAAAUGGCAAGUCCGACGUUUAUGACCACGUCAUCCUCGCAACCCACGGGGACCAAGCCUAUCACAUCAUCGAGCCGUCCGCCACCGAUGAGGAGAAGGCCAUCAUGUCGUCGUUCAAGACGUCGGAGAACACGGCUAUUCUUCACUCGGAUUUGAUGCACAUGCCGGUUCGAAAGAACUCGUGGUCGGCCUGGAAUUACCUCACACUCUCAGAUCCAUGGACGGGCCGCGAUAUCGACAAGGUGUCACUGACAUACAACAUGAACAUCCUGCAGCAUAUCCCCCGAGAGCCAUUCGGAGACGUGCUGGUGACUCUGAACCCAAUACACGAGCCCAAGGCCGACACGGUUCAGGGACGAUACUCGUAUUCCCACCCCCUAUACAACCCGGUGGCAAUCCGCGCGCAGAACCAACUACACCGGAUACAAAACAAGCGCGGUAUCAGCUACGCUGGGGCGUGGACCAAGUAUGGCUUCCACGAGGACGGCUUCAGCAGCGGACUGCACGUGGCGCAGGCCCACCUCGGCGCGAAGCUGCCCUUCGAGUUUGUGGAUUCCACCUACAGCCGCGGGAGGCAGCCAGAGCUGGGUCUCAAGGACCGGCUGGCGCGGGUCAUCAUCUUGUUGAUCCAGGUCUUCUUGAUUGGCGUCAUCGAGCUUGUCUUCAGCCGAUUCCAAGCUAAGCUCCCGCCGAGGAAGGUCAACGGUGUCUGGAGGGGGGGUGCAAGGGGUUACCGGAGGCUGUCGUGA